UCGAGAAGGGGUGCUACUGCUUGGAUCGGAAUUCGAGAUUAAAUUUGGAUUGGUGAGUUCCACGAGCCAUGAAGAAAUGGCAUAAGCAAGCAUAUGGUAUCAGAUUUUGUCAAAAUUAAAGGAACCUUCCUGCCUAAGUAUUUUUAUUAGGCAACUUCCACUUCAUCACCAUCGUCUUAUAAAAUCCCCUCUCCAACCACUCCAUCAUUCAAAAUCCAUCCAAAUUCCUCCCUACUUCUUCAUCAUCAUCAUCUUCCUCUUUCAUUGAACUCCCAAGACACAGAAAAAGAUGAACCAUAACACCUCAGAAUCAUCUCAGCAACAGCCUCACCAUUCCCCUUCCAAUGCCGAGGACAACACGAACCCCUUCCACCGAGAAGACCUUCCCCGUCCCGACCCGAAGGAGACCAACCCUUUCCUCCACCAGCAGCAGCAGGAGCCCCAUCUCUACCCUCCUGUCUGUGCCCCAGAACCCGAGGAGAAGAUCCCGGUCCCCGAAAAAACCGUAUCCCCUCCUCCCGUGACUGCCACCGCCAUCCCGUCAUCCUCCUCCUCCUCGGCUCCUCCGCCGCCGCCAGCGGAACAAGAGAAAUGGGGGACGUGCGUGAUGGGAAGUCCCGCGGUUCCCACUGUCCAUCCGGACAACAAGAAGGCGGCGCUGUGGGGAGCCACCGGGGAGGUUGCCCACCAACACCACCAUCCUUACCUGCAGUAUAGCCCUAUAGAGAGGCCUGCCUCUGGGCAAACCAGCACCGGCAGCAGCAGCCCGAUGGAGAACAUACUGCAUACCUUCAACUCGUGGAGCAACAAGGCCGAGACCAUGGCAUCUAAUAUCUGGCACAACUUGAAGACUGGGCAGUCUGUGUCCGGAGCGGCUUGGGCAAAGGUGAACCUGAGAGCGAAGGCGAUCACGGGAGGUGGGUUCGAGUCGCUCUACAAGCAGACCUUCAGUACCUUCCCUAAUGAGACGCUGAGGAAGACUUUCGCCUGCUACCUCUCAACCUCCACCGGACCUGUCGCUGGAACUCUUUACCUGUCGAACAUUCACGCUGCCUUCUGCAGUGACCGCCCCUUGUCCUUCACUGCCCCCUCGGGUCAGGUGACUUGGAGCUACUACAAGGUAUUCGUGCCGCUCGGGAAGAUCGGAGCAGUGAGCCCGGUGGUGAUGAGGGAGAAUCAAUCAGAGAAGUACAUUCAGAUUGUGACACUGGAGGGGCACGAUUUCUGGUUCAUGGGAUUCGUCAACUACGACAAAGCUUGCCGACACUUAACCGAGAGCGUGUCUGCCUUCGUAGCUUCAGGGGUCGCAGUCUAUCAGCCGCCCCCGCAUGAGCAGCCCUCGAAUGAUGCGGUUCAUCUUUGAGGAAGAGCUUCUCCCCCUGUAUUUGCCAUUCCUCUGUACUUUUUGGCAGUUCAUCUUUGAGGAAGAGCUUCUCCCCUGUAUUUGCCAUUCCUCUGUACUUUUUGGCAGUUCUAUGUAUUCUUUGCUAUUCUGAGUGCCAUUUGCGAUUCAUAUUCAUGCUCUUUCAUUGACUGCGUUAUGCAGAUUUUUGUUCAGAAUUUCCGGUUUGCUGUGAUUACUAUACACGUCAUAUUG